CGUCCUUUUAGUUUGUUAUAAAUUACUUUCUGAAUUGCUUCACGUGCAACUAGUCGCUGAGAACUCCUUUCUCCAACUUUAUUCUUUGGUCAAAGAAUUGUGUGCAUAUUGACAAAGGUUGGGGAAGAAGAGAGAUGAACAGGGGGAUGAUACGAGGAUAAACAUGGGCUAAGUCUGACACAGAAUGAAGGUUCAUCACGCAAUCUUCCUGACUGCCAUCCUCUUUGCAACACACCAUGGAAGCGAUGGAGCCCUAGGCGAGAAGGCAAGAUGUGAUUUUCCAGACUUCCUUCAGACUCCACCAACUAAAUCCUGGCUGUUGAACCACAGCCACACAGUCGUCACUUAUGAUGUAUCUGGAGGGGUUCUCACCGGCUACGACUGCCGCAAGGACAACACGGAGUGUUCCCAGUAUAGCCGGGUGUGCUGGAACCGCUUCAGCCACAACAGAGUCCUUGUCAAACAUCUCGAAUCAGACUUCAAGAACAAGUUCCUGUGUAUCCAGUUCAUCCAAAGAAGCAUCAGCGUCAUUCAGAUAAAGAUAUCGCAUACCCAGACCGGACAUGUUGGUAAGUAUCUCUGUAACUUUGAAGAUCUGGACCUGGACCCAUGGCCAUGGAUAUCUGAAGAACAUUUCUCAACCACUUCCACCUCAUGCCCCUUCAUUGGUGGUUACAACUUUGAUCUGUUCAAGUUCAGUGAUCACAGCCGGAAGAAGAUACAGACGAAAUGUACCAGUGCUAUCCCUCCCGUGCGAGUAGAAAGUGACUGUGAGCAGGGGGAAGGGAUGACGUUUCAGUUUCGAAAUUCUGCCUGUCUCCACAACGAAGGUAACUUUGAUAUGACACAGAAUACCAAAUGCAUUGCGUCCUGGUCUGAAGGGAAGGAACACUUUGGAAUUCUUCGUAAGGAUUCCGACAGAUAUUUCUGGUGUGUUAGAGUGAAAUUUGGACAAGGAAAUGAGGUUUCUAAAUUAAUAAUAUUUCUGGAUUUGAUAUGUGAUCACACUCUGAACUUCACGUUGACCCAGCGGUAUAUCGAGCUGGAGAAAUUGGAGAAGCGAAAGGUGUCCCAUAUGUGUACAGACGAAUAUUAUGGGUGUGAGGUGAUGAAUGAGCUAUGCACGGUUUUGUCCGACCUCUGUGCAAGAACCUGUGGAGGUUGUAAUGCAAGCCACAAGGCUACCCCUUGUCACUUCCCUGAAAGAGUCCAGGGAACCUGGCUGCAUUCGGAAAGAAAUGAAAACAAGCAUGUGGAAAUAUCCCAAACUGCUAUAAAGCUUCCCAAGUCUGGAGCCUAUGAAUGUGUCACCUUCCAGGACUUUGUGAGGCCUUUAAGGAGAGUUAUACUGCGCCGAUUUUCAAACGGUUGUUAUCCUAGGUUCAUGUGCAUGCACUACAACUCCCCCUCUCCAUCUGUGAUGCGGUUCCGAUUGGGCAAUUUAGAUACGUGGCCUACAAAAUUAUCGGAUGAAUCAAUUUGUGAUGACAAGAAUUUUAUGACCUACCCCAGCGUACGCAGCAGCAUCAGGACCCCCUAUUACCGACCUUAUAAGAGCUUAGUCAGACUUACGCCUGAUCCUCGAGCAGUUGCUUGCAACCUACCACGGAUCCUGCCAAGGGCUUUGACAGUCUACGACGACUAUGGUAUUACGUCCUGUCUUAUCCACGGGUCCUUUGCCUCUCCUAGAGAAUUAGUUCUAGCAAAGACCCGUAAUGGAUCGGUCCUAAGCCCAACGAAGUACACAUGUCUGGGUUCUUUAACGUUCAUUGGAAGUUUCAAAUCAAUAAUAACCGUCACCCAAGGGAGAGAAGACGAAUAUCUGUGUUGGAUAAUUGUCAGUAGGAAUUUUCUUCUUCAAGUGAAACCUUCAUCGUGUAAUACUCUUACUGCCAACUUCAUUAUGGCUAGAAAAAAGACAUUCGAGGAAAAGCUCAUCAAGAGCUUUUAUGUUACCUACUCCAAGUUAAGCCAUGUAUGUGAUGAUUAUUUCCAGGAGCAUUAUGCAUACAAGCCACAUUGGCGCGUUAAUAUUUUGCCGUAUUUGGAGCAGAGUUCCAAUUCAAAUGGUGAAGUCCGAAUUUCUAGUUUGGUGAUAUCAGUUUUCUUUAUUCUACACGCUGCUAUUUGCAAUGUUUCAUGAUUGUACUUUUUGUAACUGAUAAUAUUUGAAUGUACAAAAACAUGUUUAUCACGUGUACAGUCCUUGUUCUUUAUUUAGAAUUUAGAAUUUAGAAUUUAGUUAUCGACGGCCGAUGUCACCUCUUGGAAUGCUUAUUUCAUUUUGACUGCAAUUUAAAAUAAUAGCCAUGUCUUUUUCCUGCAACACUCUGCCAGUAUCCAUUAGGAAUUGAAAUAAGCACUCUGUCGAGAAAUACAAAUUCUUUAUGUCAGCGAAGAGCGUUUCAAUUUUUCAGAUGUCUGUCGUAAAGGGAAGUAAAUAUUCUCUGUCAUUUAUGAAGGUGCCCAUUAUAGAAAGAACGAGGUAUAUUAAGGACUCCUUUCGUGCAUAUUAGAAUAAAUAAAUUUAAAGGAGGGGAAGCCUUUGAAAAAACAAUGUUCAAAUGAAAGACAAAUGGUAUAUUUUCGUGGAAUAUUAUUAGACUCACUUUUAAAUAUUCGCCUCACUGCAACAUGAAGUACAGAGUUAUUACCAAUGUUCUGGAGAAAGAAAUGAAUGUACAAUAAACAUGUUUAUCACA